AUGUCUUCAUCUCCCAGAAGCUACACUCCUAGAGACAAGCUCUUUGGAAGCCAUAGAGAAGGGAGUAUUGUGGGGAUUCCUUUCCCAGUAAAUGUAUCUCGAGCUUUCAACCUGAAAAAGAAGAAUCUUAAAGAGGGAUCAGUGAUAUACCAAACUGACUCAUAUGAGGAAAUCUCAGCAGCAACAGAAGAACCUGAGGUGAUUCCGGAUCCAGCUAAACAAACAGAUCGAGUGGUGAAAAUAGCAGGAAUAAGUGCUGGAAUUCUGGUAUUCAUCCUACUUCUCCUUGUUGUCGUAUUGAUCGUCAAAAAAAGAUAUAUAACUUGGAGAAGAAACGUCUGCAUUAGAAACAUUAGGAGGAGCUACUAUUCUUACUCCUACUAUCUCAAACUUGCAAAGAAGCGCAAGGAUGCCAUGGGAACCACCCGCCAGGAGAUGACACACAUGGUGAAUGCGAUGGAUAGGAGUUAUGCUGACCAGAGCACCCUGCAUGCAGAGGAUCCCCUUUCAAUCACAUUUAUGGACUCUCACAACUUCAGUCCCAGAUUGCCCAAUGAUCCACUUGUGCCGACAGCUGUGUUAGUGCCUAUUACUGAUGAAAAUCACAGUGCAACAGCAGAGUCCAGCCGGCUCCUGGAUGUCCCUCGUUACCUCUGUGAAGGCACAGAAUCCCCAUACCAGACUGGGCAGCUGCACCCUGCUAUCAGGGUGGCCGAUCUGCUGCAGCAUAUUAACCUAAUGAAGACCUCUGACAGCUAUGGAUUUAAAGAGGAGUAUGAGAGUUUCUUUGAGGGGCAGUCAGCUUCUUGGGAUGUCGCUAAGAAGGAUCAAAACAGAACAAAGAACCGCUAUGGAAACAUUAUAGCAUAUGACCACUCCAGGGUGAUUUUGCAACCUGUUGAAGAUGAUCCAUCUUCAGAUUACAUUAAUGCCAACUACAUAGAUAUUUGGCUGUACAGGGAUGGAUAUCAGAGACCAAGUCACUACAUUGCAACACAAGGUCCAGUUCAUGAGACUGUGUAUGAUUUUUGGAGAAUGAUAUGGCAGGAGCAAUCAGCUUGCGUUGUGAUGGUCACAAAUCUAGUGGAAGUUGGGAGAGUCAAGUGUUACAAAUACUGGCCUGAUGACACUGAAGUUUAUGGUGAUUUCAAAGUGACUUGUGUAGAGAUGGAACCCCUUGCGGAGUACGUCGUCAGGACCUUCACUCUGGGAAGGAGGGGCUACAAUGAAAUCCGUGAAGUUAAACAGUUUCAUUUCACUGGCUGGCCAGAUCAUGGGGUUCCUUACAAUGCUACAGGCCUGCUUUCCUUUAUACGGAGAGUCAAAUUAUCCAACCCUCCUAGUGCAGGGCCUAUUGUUGUUCAUUGCAGUGCUGGUGCUGGACGAACAGGUUGUUAUAUUGUAAUCGAUAUCAUGUUAGAUAUGGCAGAAAGAGAAGGUGUUGUGGAUAUCUACAACUGUGUCAAAGCCUUACGGUCCCGUCGCAUCAACAUGGUACAGACAGAGGAGCAGUACAUCUUUAUUCAUGAUGCCAUUCUAGAAGCUUGCCUGUGUGGAGAAACUGCAAUUCCUGUCUGCGAAUUCAAAGCUGCUUAUUUUGAUAUGAUUAGAAUAGACUCUCAGACAAACUCUUCGCAUCUCAAAGAUGAGUUUCAGACCCUGAAUUCUGUGACCCCUCGCCUGCAAGCGGAGGACUGCAGCAUAGCCUGCUUGCCAAGGAACCACGACAAGAACCGUUUCAUGGAUAUGCUGCCACCUGACAGAUGUCUGCCUUUCUUAAUUACUAUUGAUGGGGAGAGCAGCAACUACAUCAAUGCUGCUCUUAUGGACAGCUACAGGCAGCCAGCAGCUUUUAUUGUCACACAACAUCCUUUACCAAACACUGUGAAAGAUUUCUGGAGAUUAGUGUAUGACUACGGCUGUACUUCUCUUGUGAUGUUAAAUGAAGUCGACUUAGCACAGGGCUGCCCGCAAUACUGGCCUGAGGAAGGGAUACUGCGGUACGGUCCCAUCCAAGUGGAAUGCAUGUCGUGUUCAAUGGACUGCGACGUCAUAAACCGAAUUUUCAGGAUAUGCAAUCUAACGAGACCACAAGAGGGCUAUCUGAUGGUGCAGCAAUUCCAGUAUUUGGGAUGGGCUUCUCACAGAGAUGUACCAGCUUCCAAGAGAUCCUUCUUGAAGUUAAUUCUCCAGGUUGAAAAAUGGCAAGAGGAAUGUGAAGAAGGGGAGGGCCGGACCAUCAUCCAUUGCCUAAACGGUGGUGGCCGGAGUGGGAUGUUCUGUGCCAUUGCCAUUGUGGUUGAGAUGGUAAAAAGACAGAAUGUGGUGGACGUUUUCCAUGCUGUGAAGACUUUGCGGAACAGUAAGCCCAACAUGGUAGAAACUCCGGAGCAAUAUCGCUUCUGCUAUGAUGUUGCACUGGAGUACUUGGAAUCCUCUUAGUCGGAAUGGAUGUGACAAAGUUCACCAAAUACAUGAAUCUCAAUAAGCUGUUUUGACAACAGCUUUGAUCCUGUGAAGAAAGAUUUUAGGGGAAGAGGGGGGUGGGAGGGAUUUUAAAUUUUAAAUGCAAAGUAUUUUUCUUAUGAAGUUGUGUAUCUUAAUAAAAGAAUUCAAUCUGUUUCUAUGCUUGUAUACAGUAUCAACAUUUAGUGCCACAUAAAUACUGUUUAAUGAAAACCAGAGUCAGAAGAGAUUUGCGCAAAUUAGGACUUUUCAGUGUUUGUAUAUGCAGCCGUCUCUCAAUCACAGUAGAGCGACCAUCUGUUGCAUGUAUCAAUAUUUCCUAUAUGGUAUUAAUUUUUCUUUUUUUUCUUUUGAUACAUUGUUAAAGUACAAUAACAGUGCAAAUUGAUAGUAAGGUUCAUUCUUUAUACGUUUCAAGUGUUGCAUAUAUAUAUUAUAUAUAGGUAAAAAAAACUGGCUUAUUUUGUUUUAAUGUGCAAUGAUGGCUGGAUCACAUAAAGAUCUUUAUAAAGAAACUUAAACAUAAGCCAAAGACUCAAGUGUAAAUAUGUCUAUAUGGAGAAAGCACAUGUAUUUAUUGUUUACUUGCAUUCCUUUUUUGAUGGCUGAAAAAAGAAGAAUCAUUUUUCUUGAAGAAAGCUUUUUUUGCUGAAAUCAAGUGUAAACAAUUUUUGUAGUUUAUUUUUUGUAUGUUUUAGUGUAAGUAGAAGACAUACUUUUUAUGCAUAGACCAAGAAACAUUGGUAUAGUGGUUUUGUUGUGUACAUGCUUGUGAUUCAAAUCCAUGUAAACAAUGCAGUUAUAGAAGGUCUUUAACUACAGGACCAAAAUCAAAACAUUUUCCUGAAAAUGUAUAGUUUUUCACAGUUGCAUUAGUUAAGUACUGAUCAAAAAAAACUACGUAAGGAAGGGCACACAUCAAAAUGGCCUUGCCUAUGAGUUGCACAAUAUUGGAAUAAAUUUUUAAGCACCAUUAAAAUUGUAAGGGAACCAAUUGUUUAAAAAAAUAUUGAUGCACAGGUCAACAGAAGAACUGCCAGACAAAUAGAUGGUUCAGCCGAUGCCCUUCAGGGUAAAAAAGUAUUUGUUUAGCAAAUUGUAAAAUUAAGCAAUGUUUAUUUUGAUGUUUACGAACAUGUAAGCUUUGCUUCCAAGAAAGCAAAAUUUGAAUAAACCAAUGCCAGAUUCUGAUUACAGUUGUGGUGUACAAAAUAUUACUGUCCUUUUGCUUAGUUUGUAUCCAUUUGUUCACAAGGUUUCCUAUAUUUUACCAGCUAAAAUCAUUCCACUCUCUUGUUGGUCUUUUUUAGAACUGACAGUAAAAUGAUAAGGUGCUUUUAAAUAUUCUGUAAAGUAAGAGUGAAUUAAACUUUUAUUU